AUGAGCGACACGUGGAGCGAACUUCCAAAGGUUAUCAUACUCUUCAGCGGUAAACGAAAAUGUGGCAAAGACUAUUUGUCGGAGGCAUUGCUAAAGAAACUAGGCCCAGAUCGAGCCCAGAUAAUACGCAUUUCGGAACCAAUUAAACGACACUGGUCGGAAAAGAUGGGCUUGGACCUGAGUGAAUUACUUAGCGAUAGCGCAUACAAGGAGCAGUAUCGAGAGAAAAUGAUCGUGUGGAGUGACGAGCGACGUCGCGAAGAUUACGGGGUUUUCUGCCGGGCAGCGUGUCUCUCGAUCAACAGGGACAUUUGCAUCGUUAGUGACGUGCGCCGUAAAACGGACGUCCAGUUUUUCCGCGAAACAUUCGGAACGGAGCGCGUCCGAACGGUGCGUAUUGAGGCCAGUGAAGCGGAACGUUCCCGUCGUGGUUGGCAGUUUCAGCAGGGUGUUGACGAUGUGCAGUCCGAGUGUGAUCUCGAUGAUUUCGUUGCAUGGGACAUGGUGCUACAGAAUGAGGAAACGGAUACAGUCGAUGCUUCGUUGGAACAGCUGGUGAUGCUUGCUAGCAGAUGA